CGAACAACGAACAAACAACGCACAAAGCUACCAAGGUUCACGAACAACGAACAAACAACAACGACGAACAAGCAACGCACAAAGCUACCAAGGUUCACGAACAACGAACAAAGAAACACACAACGUUCCCAGGUCUGACGAAAGGACAAAGCAGAACAAAUGAACGCACAAUAUUCCCAAGUCUUAGGAGCAACACAACGUUACCAGUUCUUAAGAACGACGUGACGCGGAAAGCUACCGGGUCUGGGGUUCGAAUCCAACGGACAAAGCGGCGCACCAAGCUACCGGGUCUGGGUUCGAAUCCAACGGACAACGAAGGAAUACCCGGGUCUGGGUUCGAAUCCAACCGACAAUGAACAAUGAAUGAAGCGAUGCAAAAAGCUAUCGUGUCUGGGGUUUGAAUCCAACGGCAAGGCGCAAAGCUAUCGGGUUUGGGGUUCAAAUCGAACGGAAGCGACUCAAAGCUACCAGGUCUGGAACUUUGGGGUGAUACGAACCGAAACCUGAGAGCUACCUAUGCGAGCUCCUGCACUGGACCGGCAAUGAGACAGCAGGGGGCAGCUCCUGUUGCCUUCGUCAACGUUGUCUUUCUUUUGGUUCUUUUCGUAUUUCCACUGUAUUUUCUACGUUAUUCGAACUACGAUCAAAUUUCGCUCGCGCGUGGGUAUUCCCUCUCAGUCACCUUUUCAUCACUACGGUACUUGAAAUGAUUUUUUUGGUUCUCCUCCAGAUGAGGUCUUCUUCUGUCCAUUACUGUAGUGGAGUGAUUUCCGUCCUCAUCGCAGUUCUUGUUCCCCCAGACGGGCAAAGACCAAAACACCGUAAAAGGCAAGACUAUUGAUUACUCGUACCGGCACCUUACCAUAUUAACAUACAGUAAUGCGCGACGAUAUUUUUUAAUCCCUCUGUUCUGUUCUUUGUGGAAAGAGUCUUCUCUUGCUGGAAGUGUCAUAGCAGCCACUGAACCUAUCCGUUCAUAAGUACUCGAAGAAUACGGUACGAGCAAGGGAGGAGCUUACACGCCUUUUACACACCACCCGUGGCGAGAAUCACCAUCUCACCAUGCCGCUGCCGAAACGAUGGAACAAAUCGAAGCCCCCCCCGGCUGGCUUCGAGGCGAUCGAAGCCACCCUCGAGGCGAUCGAGCACGAGCUCCGUGACAGGAUCAAGGAGACGAACGAGCGCAAGCGCAACUGAGUCGAUGUGGCCGGUGCAUCAGAUCGGAUGGCAGAAAUCCCGCUACGUCUACGACAUGUUCUACACCUACAAGCGCAUCUCCCGUCCCGUCUACGAAUACUGCCUCCGUCAGAAACUCGUCGACGCGGCACUAAUAGCCAAGUGGAAAAAGCCGUGCUACGAGCGCCUCUGCAGCACCUACGUGAUCAACCCGACCAACUAAAAGUUUGGGACCACCAGCAUCUGCCGCGUCCCUAUGAAGGACCGCAGUCCCGAGCAGAGGACCGCCACGGAUCCCACCACGGGGUGCCUGGGGUGCGCCUCGGGCCCAGGCGCGGGCCCGCGGAACAUUUUUGGCAACAAGUACGGCCAGUACCUGGCGACAGUCCAGGUCGCCAGAGAGGCGCGGAUUGCGGGGGCAAAGGAGCAGCGAAAAAAGGAGGAAGAGGAACGGACAGGGAACGAUGAGACCGACAACGAUUCGGACACCGAUUCCGGCGGCGACGACGGCGUCUGGGCGGGUUCCGGGAGGGUUGGGACGAAAGCGACAGCGAAACAGAGGAACCGACUAUUCCUCCUUCUACCAAGAGAGCCAGGUCACGAGCCAGCUGGUUGCGUUCAAAGAUCACGAGUCCGUGCAACAUAUUCUUGCUGAUGGUCAUCGUCUGGGCUCGGUAUUCAUUUCCAAGUGGAACUUAUAUAACAUUUUUCUUUAUUCAACGCAUGGAUGCGCAUUGCUAAAAAAAGUUUACCAAAUUACACUGCGAAAAGAGUACGAACAAUGUUGAGAUCAAAUCUCUACGUCCGUGGCAACGAGCGCCAUGUAUUCCUCGUCGUAGGUGUCGUCGCCCUCUUUCUGGAUCAUGCCGAAGGCAACGUUUCUCAGCGCGCGGCAGAGGUCCGAUGGGUAUUCUUCUUCGUAAAAUUCCUCGGCGGCCUCCAUGAGACUGUAGUCGAAGCACGCGUGCACGGGCGACGGAAAGUAGACAAUCUUGUCGUUGGUGGCAUCGUAGAAUUUCUUGAGAUGGCAUAUCUUCAGGGCGGCCUUGAGCAGGCACUCGGCAGAAUCGUCGUCAAAGGGUUUUUCCGGCCUCAGUUCGUACUUGUUGGAAUCCCCGAUCAGUUGUUUAACCGUGUCUUUGAUCAUUUUUUCCCUCAGCUCCAAUUCGGAAGGACCAGGUUCCUGUACUUGCUUCGAAGAUUCGGUAGUUGAUUCUUCUUCCUCCGAAACAACAGCUUCCCUCUCGUCACCUCCCGACUGCUCCGAUUCCUCCUCUUGCUUGGCAGACGAUUCGAUGGUCGGUUCUUCCUCCUUCUCCGCUGCGAGGGCUUCUCCUUCGCCCGGUACAACAGUCGUGGGCUCGUCUCCAUCUUUGGAUUCAACUUCUGUUUCGGUACCGUCGGUAGCGCUGGGCAAAGCCGUGUCGGCGGCCUCUGUGGCUGCGUUUUCCGAAUCCAACGCAUGUUCCCUGGCUUCUAAAUCGUUGACUUUUUGCCCAAGACACUCCGUCAUGAUUUGGUGUUCGUGAUGUUUAUCUUCGAGCGAUCGAGAGUUGACUUCCAGCUUCGCCUCUCUCUUCUCGACUUGUUCCGUUCGUUCGGCUAGGCUUUACUUUGCUUCCUUGUGCGCCGCGUAUACUUUGAGAAAG